AUGGGGAAAAGAAACGCUGACGAGAGUCUUGCUGAUGCUUCAAUGAACGAAAGCGCUAUUGUCGAUGGUCCAAGUACUGCAAAGGAAGAGUACGAGUAUCUAUGCACACUGGUUAGACUAGUCCUUGUUGGCAUGUACUCUUUACAGGUAAAUGCAAUAUCCAAGCCUUUGGCUAACAGGAAGCUUGCUAAAAAAUUAUACAAACUUGUGAAGAAAUCUGCCAAGCAGCCACAUCAUCUCCGUCAGGGGUUAAAAGAUGUCCAGAAAGCUUUGCGCAAAAAUGAGAAAGGAAUUGCCGUGUUAGCAGGUAAUGUUAGUCCGAUAGAUGUUUAUUCACAUAUUCCGGCACUGUGCGAGGAGUUAGAGAUUCCCUAUGUAUUCACACCUUCCCGAGAACAGCUGGGACUUGCUGCUGGUCAUCGUCGACCUGCAAUUCUGCUCUUGAUUAGGCCACAUCCUGACUAUCAGGAGCUGUACGAUGAGGUUGAUCUUACCUAUUUACUCAUUUAA